AUGAGCACAUCCGAAGAAUCAGGAGUCAUUACUGUUGGCGCCAACCUUGAAGAAGUUCGACAAAAGAUUGUUCAGUCAUGUGAGGCUGCCGGAAGAGACGUCUCCACAGUUCAAUUGGUGGCAGUCAGUAAAACCAAACCUCUCGAGUUGGUAAAAGAAGCUUAUGCCAGUGGACAACGUGUGUUUGGAGAAAAUUAUGCACAAGAACUAGUAGACAAGGCCGGUUCAAUUGGAGAAUCAGAUGUGGUCUGGCAUUUCAUUGGAGGCUUGCAAUCCAACAAAGCCAACAUGCUGGUGAAAGGAGUGAUGCCUCAUGGAACCUUGGUGGUCGAGACAGUCUCUAGCCUCAAGGUGGCCAAGAAGCUGGAUAAUGCCAUGAGUGAAUUCGAAGACAAGAAGCUAGAUAUCUUUGUCCAAGUAAACACUUCUGGAGAAGAAUCAAAGAGCGGUGUCGCACCAACUGAGGUUGCGGAACUUUGCAACCAAAUUACCAGCGAAUGCGAACGCGUACGACUCAAGGGAGUCAUGACAAUUGGAGCACCAGGUGAUAUUUCUUGCCUCGAAGCAUUGGCUACGUGUCGAGAUGAGGUUGCCAUUGCGCUUGGCAUGGAAGUAAAAGAUCUUGGACUGAGCAUGGGAAUGUCUGGAGACUAUGAGGUUGCCAUUGCCAAUGGAUCUACGAACGUUCGAGUUGGAUCUACAAUCUUUGGAGCUCGUGACUACUCCAACAAGGCAUAG